UUCUGUACAUCUGGUUGCCGGACGUGCUGGUAGACUUUUUCUUCAGGUCUUCCUCGGUCUCCAUGACGCCAGGGACAAACGUCCGGCCUCCAGCCGCUCAGUGGAGGAAAUCGUCCUCCAUCCAGACUUCCAACCAAAGAACUAUAACAACGACGUGGCGCUGCUGAAGCUGAGCGAGCGGGUGGAGUUUAACGAGCUCGUCAGUCCCGUCUGUCUGCCUCCGCCUCACAGCAAGAAUGACCCCCCUGCUCCUCUGCCUAACUCUCUGGGUGUAGUUGCAGGUUGGGGGAUCUCCAACCUCAACACCUCCUCCUCCUCCUCGGGCGGCGCCCCCCCCACGCUGACCUCUGACCCGGGGAUGACCUCUGACCUCCUGCAGUACGUGAAGCUGCCGGUGGUCUCUCAGGACGAGUGCCAGGCGAGCUACGCCUCGCGGUCCGUCAGCUACAACAUCACCGACAACAUGUUCUGCGCCGGCUUCUUCGAGGGGGGGCGGGACACCUGCCUGGGGGACAGCGGGGGGGCGUUCGUGAUGGAGGACGCGGUCAGCCGGAGUUGGGUGGCGUUCGGGUUGGUGUCCUGGGGCGGGCCGGAGGACUGCGGCAGUCAGAGGGUGUACGGCGUCUACACCCGAGUGGCUAAAUAUGUGGAGUGGAUCCAGGAGCAGCUCCAGGCUGAGCCCUGGUGGUGAGACGCCACACAGACUCUCUGAAGGUGAAGAAACCAAACGCUCAGUCUAGAUCAGACCUGAUCUAAGUUACUGCAGACUGAAGGUUCACCAUCAGACUCACUGCCAACGAAAAGACCUUCAGCAUCAGGACCAGGAUCCUCAGACCAGAACGCGAUCCAGAGGCUCUGCUUUAAAGGGGGUUUAUCCUAAUACACAGUCAGAGUCUCACCUGCAGCAGAAGCAGAGCUGCAAUAGUUUCAGAGCUUUAGCUGCCGUCAGACAGCCGAUCCCUUUGGGGAACUACUUUUUCUCACUGGAUUUCUUCUGUGUUCCUACGCAUAAUCACAACUUAGCUGCACACUGUAUCACGCCGCCGGAGAUCAGCUGUUUGGAUCAGACUUGCAGCGGUUUAUGGAUGAAAGACGAGUGACCAAGAUCAACUUUAUUGUCAUCUUGGGCAUCGGUGCUGCAAGGCUGCAGGAACAAACAGUAACAUUUGGUGACGAUAGCAUCAGGGAUGAAGAGCUGUUCUCUGGGAGACUUUACUGGUCUGAAGAGAGAGAGAGAGGGGACACUUUA